AUGCACUACAAGAAUUGUAAUAGAAAGGGGCAUACUGCCCAUUUCUGUAAGAAGCUGGCGCAACUUAUUUCUCAAGUCCCUACCACAGGAGUGAAAUGUUACGAAUGUGGGGAAAUAGGACAUUUCAAGAGAAAUUGUCCUAAUUUAAAGAAUGUGAGUGGCACUGGGCGAGUCUUGGCGAUUGGCUAUGAAGAAGAAGUAGUGGAUCCUAAUGUGGUGACUGGUACGUUCCUUCUCAACGAUUCUUAUGCAUGCAUUAUCUUCGAUACCGGUGCAGAAAAAAGUUUCGUAAGCCAUAAGUUCAAACACAUUCUAAAACAAAAUCCCAAAGCACUAAAAGAUACAUUCACCAUUGAGAUGGCCAACGGGAAAAAUGAGAAAACCAAUGACAUAUACAUAGGAUGCACACUUACUCUAAAUAACCAUUCAUUCCAAAUUGACCUUAUGUCGGCUCAAUUAAAAGUUUUGACGUCAUAA